GCCCAAUGUUGGGUUGACAUUAACUCGGCUAUCCGAGGCUUUGAUAUCGUGAGGAUUUUGCUAUCAAGCGCCGCUAGCCUUGAUCAUGGGCCGCGGUCCUGCCUUCUAGGCAACGUAGCACCGGAUAUCGGAUGUUGCUCGAGAUUAGUCACGCGUCUGCGAACUUCACGCUGUUGGCUGCUGCCAGGAUGCCCAAAUCCAACGUGUUCUGCCAUUGGUCCGGGCGCGAAUCGCGGUCAAUCCAGUAUGCGAAGGAGAUACACUGCGCACGAGGCUUAUGUGCGCACAAUGGAAGCAGCCAACCGCCAGGAGACACGUCCAAUCAAUUCGACCGCCUAUUGAUGACGUUGCCGCAGGAGAUUAUGGCUUCCGGUCAGCGGAAUCAAAAACCUAGUGGGAUGGAGUGGUAAGGCUGAAGCGUGGGCUUGCUGCCCGAUGCAUGUGAAAUGCGAACACAUAGCGGCAGGAGUUCGGCGGCAAGCUCGCUACGAGCCUUAAGCCAAC